GGUGCUAGAGGCCAAAAUCCCAGCCUUGCUGCAGACUUCAAGGGGAAUGACUCCCCGAGAGGAUGAGGGCAGCUGAGUCUCCUCCAGCCAGGCCCUAGGAGCAGCAGGAUGAACACGACACGGCCCAGCCUUGCAGGAGCUCAGGCUUUCCUGCCCGGGCUACAGGUCAUUGACCCCGCUUGGAAAACACCAGUCUCACCCAUAUAAGGAGUGUGGGCCAGGUCUGUGUGCUCAGCGAUGGCACCUGCUCUGCGAUCCUCCCUUGUACUGGUUCUGCUCUCUGGCCUGGUGGCUUCCGGCAUCCCAAGAAGCCCCUUACGGCCUCUCGGGAAACGAAGUGUCCCAGAAGGGGUGGUCGAUGGCAUCGAGGUCUACAGCACCAAGAUCAACUGCCAGGUGACCUCCCGCUUUGCUCACAACGUGGUCACCACGAGGGCCGUCAACCGUGCAGACACAGCCAAGGAGGUUUCCUUUGACGUGGAGCUGCCGAAGACAGCCUUCAUCACCAACUUCACCUUGACCAUCGACGGUGUCACCUAUCCUGGGAACAUCAAGGAGAAGGAAGUCGCCAAGAAGCAGUAUGAAAAGGCCGUGUCCCAGGGCAAGACAGCUGGUUUGGUCAAGGCCUCUGGGAGGAAGCUGGAGAAAUUCACAGUCUCAGUCAACGUGGCCGCGGGCAGCAAGGUCACCUUUGAGCUAACCUAUGAGGAGCUGCUGAAGAGGCACAAGGGCAAGUACGAGAUGUACAUCAAGGUCCAGCCCAAGCAGCUGGUCAAGCACUUUGAGAUCAACACAGACAUCUUUGAGCCCCAGGGCAUCAGCAUGCUGGACGCUGAGGCCUCGUUCAUCACCAACGACCUCCUGGGCAGCGCCCUCACCAAAUCCUUCUCAGGGAAAAAGGGCCACGUGUCCUUCAAGCCCAGCUUAGACCAACAGCGUUCAUGCCCCACCUGCACAGACUCCCUUCUCAAUGGGGAUUUCACCAUCACCUACGACGUGAACAGAGAGUCUCCAGCCAACGUACAGGUGGUCAAUGGCUAUUUUGUGCACUUCUUUGCACCUCAAGGCCUUCCAGUGGUGCCUAAGAACGUGGUCUUCGUGAUCGAUGUCAGCGGCUCCAUGUUUGGGCGGAAAAUAGAGCAGACAAAGGAUGCGCUCCUGAAAAUCCUGGAGGACAUGAAAGAGGAUGACUCCCUGAAUUUCAUCCUGUUCAGUGGAGAUGUGACCACUUGGAAAGACAAUUUAAUCCAAGCCACUCCCGAGAACCUCCAGGAGGCCAGAACGUUUGUGAAGAGUAUUCGUGACCAAGGAAUGACCAACAUCAACGAUGGGCUGCUGACGGGCAUCAGUAUGCUGAACAAGGCCCGGGAGGAGCACCAAGUCCCAGAGAGGAGCACCUCCAUCAUCAUCAUGCUGACCGAUGGGGACGCCAACACUGGUGAAAGCAGACCUGAAAAAAUCCAAGAGAAUGUGCGGAAUGCCAUUGGGGGCAAGUUCCCCUUGUAUAACCUGGGCUUUGGCCACAACCUGAAUUAUAACUUCCUGGAGAAAAUGGCCCUGGAGAACCAUGGGCUUGCCCGGCGCAUUUAUGAAGACUCUGAUGCCAACUUGCAGUUGCAGGGCUUCUACGAGGAGGUGGCCAACCCACUGCUGACGGACGUGGAGGUGGAGUACCCUGAGAACGCCAUCCUGGACCUCACCCAGAACAAUUAUCAGCAUUUCUAUGACGGCUCUGAGAUCGUCGUGGCUGGGCGCCUGCUGGAUGAGGAUAUGGCCAGCUUUAAGGCGGAUGUGAAGGGCCAUGGGGCCAUCAACGACCUGACCUUCACAGAAGAGGUGAACAUGAAAGAGAUGGAGAAGGCCCUGCAGGAGCAAGAGUACAUCUUUGGGGACUAUAUCGAGCGGCUGUGGGCCUACCUCACCAUCAAGCAGCUGCUGGAGAAACGCAAGAACGCCCACGGUGACAAGAAGGAGAACCUCACGGCCCAGGCCCUGGACCUGUCCCUCAAGUACCACUUUGUGACUCCACUGACUUCCAUGGUGGUGACCAAGCCCGAGGACAGUGAGGACCAGACAUCCAUUGCCGACAAGCCUGGGGAAGUGCCUCUGGAUGCAGAAGCCAGGUCUGUGAUCCCCUCCAUGGCCUACCAGACCAGCUACCAGCCUCCCCAAAAACCUUACUACUACGUGGACGGGGACCCCCACUUCAUCAUCCAAGUCCCAGAGAAAGAUGAUGCCCUCUGCUUCAACAUCGACGAGGCCCCAGGCACCGUGCUGCGCCUCAUCCAGGACCCAGUCACAGGCCUCACCAUUAAUGGGCAGAUCAUUGGUGACAAGAGAGACAGCCCUGACUCCAAGAGCAGGAAAACUUACUUUGGAAAGCUGGGGAUUAUCAGCACUCCAAUGCACCUGUUGAUUGAGGUGACGACGGAGGAGAUCAACCUGUGGAGCGGGGCUGUGAGGGAUGCUUUCACCUGGCUGGACACGGUCACCGUCACACAGGAAGGCUUGAAGGUGACAAUCAACAAGAAGAAGAACAUGGUGGUCUCCUUUGGAGACGGGGUCACCUUUGUGGUCAUCCUGCACCAGGUGUGGAAGAAACAUCCCGAUCAACAGGACUUUCUGGGCUUUUAUGUGGUGGACAGUCACCGGAUGUCAGCGCAGACCCACGGGCUGCUGGGACAAUUCUUCCACUACUUUGACUUUAAAGUGUCUGACAUCCGCCCAGGCUCUGACCCCACAAAGCCAGAUGCCACGAUGGUGGUGAAGAACCAUCGGCUGACAGUCACCAGGGGCUCCCAGAAGGACUACGGGAAGGGUGCCAGCCUCGGCACGAAGGUCGCCUGCUGGUUCAUCCACAACAAUGCGGAAGGGCUGAUUGAUGGUGUCCACACUGACUAUAUAGUCCCCAGCUUGUUCUGAGCAGACAGGCCAGAUUCCCUGGCAUCAGGAACAUGACCAGAGUGGGCCUGAGGGCUGGGACAAUAAAGUCGGAGUGGACCACCAGC